GAAUAAAACCCCCGCUCCUCCGCCCCCUUCCCCUUUGGCCCUUUCCUCCGCCCUACUCACUCCUGACCGCGGCAGGCAUCCACGGCUCAACACGCAAACACGCCCGCCCUAGCAAAGCCCAGGAGAGGAAAAGGUAAAGCGCCCGCCUGCGGAAACGAAAACCACGCGCGCCGACUUCGCGGCAGCGCCAAGCAAAGCGUCGCCGUCGCCGUCGCGGAAACGGGAAGGGACGGGGCGAGAUUUUCUGUUGUUGUUGUGGCAAGGCGGAUGAGAUGAAGCUGCGGCGCAAGGGGAGGCCAGCAGGGCGGCGGUCGUCGCUUCGGUGGUGGCUGCUCUCCCUCGCCGGCGCCGGGGCCGUCACCGCCGCGGCUGCGCUGCUCGCCGUCGCCCUCCACGCCUCCUCGGCCUCCGCCUCCUCCGGUGCGCCCUAUCGCCUGGCCAAGCAGCCGCGCGAGUCCGAGGAGCUGCGCUGGGAGCAGGAGUUCGCGCCGCCGCAGCUCGCCUCGCCGCAGGCGCGAAAGCUGGACGGCGCGAACGAUGGGGCGGCGAAGAAGAGGCUGUGGUUGCCGGCGCCAUCGCGCCGGUUCGUGCCCUGCGCCACGCCGUCACCGGAGUACAGACGUCCAGGGGCGUCGAGGGGAUACCUACUUGUACACACCAAUGGCGGGCUCAACCAGAUGCGAGCCGGGAUCAGUGAUAUGGUAGCAGUUGCACGUAUACUCAAUGCUACACUCAUAAUUCCAGAGCUUGAUAAGAAAUCAUUUUGGCUUGAUACAAGCAACUUUUCAGAUGUCUUUGAUGAAGAACACUUUAUUCGUUCUUUGGCAAAUGAUGUGAAAGUUGAGAAAAAACUGCCCAAGGAAUUGGCAAAAGCACCAAAAUCUGUUAGGCACUUCAAGAGUUGGUCUGGAGUAGAUUAUUACCAGGACGAGAUUUCUCCAUUGUGGGAGCACCGUCAGGUUAUUCGAGCUGCUAAGUCAGAUUCUCGCCUUGCAAACAACUUGCUCCCUCCUGAGAUUCAAAAGCUUCGGUGCCGGGCCUUUUUCCAGGCACUCAGAUUUGCUCCCCCAAUUGAAGCUUUAGGCAAUCUGCUGGUGGAAAGGAUGAAAUCAUUUGGACCAUAUAUUGCGUUGCAUUUACGCUAUGAGAAGGAUAUGCUUGCUUUUAGCGGGUGUACGUACGGCCUGUCACAGACCGAAUCAGAGGAGCUGUCAAUGAUCAGACAAAACACAACCUACUGGAAGGUGAAAGAAAUUGAUCCUUUAGAACAAAGAUCCCAUGGUCACUGUCCUCUGACACCAAAGGAAGUUGGUAUAUUUCUUUCUGCCCUAGGAUAUCCAUCAAGCACCCCAGUUUACAUAGCCGCAGGGGAAAUAUAUGGAGGUGAAUCUCAUAUGGUCGAUCUGCAAUCACGAUUCCCUAUUCUGAUGAACAAGGAAAAACUUGCGUCAGCUGAAGAACUGCGACCAUUCAGCCAAUAUGCUUCUCAAAUGGCAGCUUUGGACUACAUCGUUUCAGUGGAGAGUGAUGUGUUUAUUCCAUCGUAUUCUGGGAACAUGGCACGGGCUGUUGCGGGUCAUCGGCGUUUUCAUGGCCACAAAAAGACAGUCAGUCCUGACAGGAAAGCAUUAGUUCGUUUGUUUGACAAAGUUGACAGUGGAUUACUCGAUGAAGGGGAAAGGCUAUCGCAAAGGAUAACAGAAAUACACCGGAAAAGGCAAGGUUCUCCCCGGAAACGGAAGGGUCCUGUAUCAGGAACAAAAGGCAGUGACAGGUUUAGGUCAGAAGAGGCAUUUUAUGAGAACCCUCUUCCUGAUUGCCUGUGUCAGUCAACUGGUGAUUCUAUUGUUAGCAUCUAAUCACGAUCAUGCAGUUAACCGUAUUUGCCACCCCUAACCACUAUUCCCAGGUACAUAGAGCAAAGGAAGGUGCAUACUUACUGGUAUAAUUACACAACAUCAGAGUUUCAGCUUAGAUGACACCAUGGUCCAAUGAUUCAUUGGUGCAUUUCCCAUCCCUCUUACACAGGAUAAGUUGACAAUGCAUCAAAGAUGGAUCUAGAGCAGGCAUGUAGUGCUUUAGAUGUAUUUUCGGUUUGUAAGCUCAGGUAAUUAACCACCUUCUGUAAGAGGACCAAUAAGGAGAGUAAGAGGAAUUGCUGACACAUUCAGCUCAAAUGACACCACGGUCCAACGAUUCGUUGGCACAUACUCCUACCUAGCUGUCUUUUUGCAGGAUAAAGUUGCCAUUGUAGACGGCAGCAUUAGCAUGUUUGAUGUUGAGAGCACAGCUGUGCAGGGUUUUAGGUUUAGCUGCAGAUGUAAGCUUGGGUAAUUUACUUCCUCUUGUAAGUAGAUCAAUAAAGAGAAGAAAAGAAUUACCUGAAAUGGUUCUUUUUUCUUGA